AUGGAAUCAUUGAUAGAAAGAAUGCAGAGUUGUCAGGGUGGCAUUCCUGUUCGAACUGCAAAGCACUUCCUCACAAAAAUACCUACCUGCUUCACAGGUGCUGCUUUCGUUGAAUGGCUGGUCACAAAUCUUGAUGUCACUGACCACAAUGAGUUGAUGCACCUGGCACAUCUCAUAUCGUCACAUGGAUACGUCUUUCCAAUUGACGAUCAUGUCCUAACUGUUAAAAAUGAUUUCACUUAUUAUAGAUUUCAAACGCCAUUCCUGUGGCCAUCAAACAACUGGCAGCCUGAUGAUUAUGACUAUGCUGUAUAUCUGUGCAAGCGAACGAUGCAGAACAAGCAGAGGUUGGAGCUUGCAGAUCACGAAGCUCAGGCACUGGCCAGAUUGCAGAAGACCUUCUCCAGGAAAUGGGAGUUUAUAUAUCUACAAGCUGAAGCACAAGCCAAAGUUGACAGGAGGCGUGAUAGAAUCGAAAGGAAAGUUCUGGAUAGCCAGGAACAAGCCUUCUGGGAUCUCCAUCGACCGGCACCAGGCUGUGUCAACACAACAGAAGAAGACCUGAAAAAGACUCAGCGGUGCAUGAAGGAUCUACUUUACCCACUCUCCAUUUUAUUUCAUUACAUUGUUACUCUAGCUUUUCUAUCAAAAUUACUUUCACAGAUCGAAAAGUUUCAAGGCUUACUACAAAGACGCAGGGUUAAAGUUUCAAAAGUGUCCGAAUGCUACAUGUCGUUUAGCGAACAGUAUAGCGAAUAUGAUCCCUUCGUGACAACUUCUCAUCCUCCUAAUCCUUGGAUAUCAGAUUCAACAGAUUUCUGGCAACUUCAAGAUUCAAACUUCGAAAUCCCUGCAUGGCGGAUCAACAGGUGGUCGUUUGGAUUGCAUGAACUCCUGAAAGAUCCCGCUGGUAGGGAGCAUUUCAGGCUCUUCCUCCAGAAAGAAUUCAGUGCUGAAAAUCUAAAAUUUUGGGAAGCGUGCGAAAGAUUGAAAAAAAUUUCUUUGAAAGAAGUUAAAUCAGCCGUGCUUGAAAUAUACAAUGAUCAUUUAGGGAAAAUGUCGACGGACCCUGUAAACCUGGAUGGGCGCGUGCUAGAGUCAGUCAAGAAAAACGUAGAAUCAGACCCUAGCAACAGAUACUGCCUUGACGAAGCACAGGACCACAUCUUCCUGCUGAUGAAGAGGGACAGUUACAAUCGCUUCAUAAGACUUGAUUUGCAUAAAGAAUUCUGUAAAUCAUCGAGAAAAAAGGGCAGGAAUGUGGCUACUUUCCCGGAUCCUAUGUUGAAGUAUUCUUCAAAUUUUCACUAG